CGGGCCCGUCCAGGGCGGGCCGCUCAGGGUUAAAGGGGCGUCCGCGGGUCGCCGGCGCUCGGCCGCGGGGAGACAAAGCGCCCGCUCGCCGCCGCCCCCCGAGCGGUUCCGGGCCAUGGGACGGACAGACCGUCGCUCCAGCCCCGCAGCCAGGCUCCCAAGAGUUCCUGCUACACCCCUGGGCUCUCAAAUCCAGACAGAAAAACCCUCCCCUCCCGGAGCAGGCAUGAAUGACCCAGAUGAAGAACUGGAGGUCCAGAGAGGCUGACUGUGCGCCCCGAAGUGACCCAGCCUGGGGCCUGAGCUGACCUGUGAAGUGGCAGCUGAUGGCCCCGGAGUUGGUGAUCUCGGGAGUAACGUCAGCUCUGGUGCAGGGGACCAGCGCAGGCCUCUCGGCCAUGAAGCUGAACGAGCGCAGCCUGGCCUUCUACGCGACCUGCGACGCGCCCGUGGACAACGCCGGCUUCCUGCACAAACGGGGCGGGCGCGGGGCGGGCUCGCAUCGGCGCUGGUUCGUGCUGCGGGGCAACAUGCUCUUCUACUUCGAGGCGGAGGCCAGCCGCGAGCCGCUGGGCGUCAUCCUGCUGGAGGGGUGCACGGUGGAGCUGGUGGACGCCCGGGAGGAGUUUGCCUUCGCGGUGCGCUUCUCGGGAGGUCGUUCGCGGUCCUACGUGCUGGCGGCCGACAGCCAGGCAGCCCUGGAGGGCUGGGUGAAGGCGCUGUCGCGGGCCAGCUUCCACUACCUGCGCCUGGUGGUGCGCGAGCUGGAGCAGCAGCUGGCAGCCAUGCGCGAGGGCGCCCCGGCCAACGCCUUCCCCGCCAACCCCAGCCUGGUCGCGAACCCGCGGCCCAAGGAGAACGGCCGGGCCGUAUGGAGCGCGCUGCCCGAGCAACCCGCGGCUGCAGCCCCCCAGCGCCCACCGCCGCCACCCCGUCGCAGGGCCUCGUCCAACGGGCCCUUGGCGUCCUUUGCCCAGCUGCAUGAGCGGUAUGGGCUGGAGGUGAGGGCCCUCAGGAGCCAGUGGCGUGGAGGCCAGGCUGGCCUAGCUGGCGUGGAGGGCCCUUGGCAUCCUUCUGGUUCUGGUGGGACUCAGACCCAGGACCAGCCCUAAGGGGCGUACUGGCUGUGAGGGAAGCCUGAGUACAAGCGGCCCUAAGCACAGACUCCAACCAGGCUGCCAGGGGACAGAGGACAUGUGACCCAGAAGACCCGAUCUCUGGGGUCCGUGGCACUUGCUGCCAAGAAGAACCUGGGACCUGAACAUGCUUCAAGCGCUCAAGCAACUGGUUUCUAGAGAACUCCGCCCCAGGACAGGCCUGGAGCUGGCCCAGGGUUCACCUGGUGCCGGGCCUCACAAGGAUCCGGAGGAGGCCUGGGCCCAGGAGCUGCUGUCUGGGCUGCUCCUGUGGGCCGGGAGCAGCAGGUAGAAAGAAGGUGGAGCUUACACUGGAUUAGGUCCCCAAGGCCUCUGGCCUGGAACCAGCUGAGGCAGACUUUGCCCGGCCUUGGCAGGCAGGCCGGCCGGCCCUCCCAGCUCCGCGGGGCCUCAGAGCCACCUGAUCGCCAGGCCUGGGCUGUGGCCUAGCUCCCUGGCAGGCUCACCUGGAGGAGACAGUCCCCUCCAUGCCUGAUUCCAUGCCUGCGGGAGGAGAGUCCCCCCCUUCUGCUCCCCGCCACCCAGAUCACCAGUGGGGCCCCCCUGCUGCUGGGUCCAUCCUCACUCACCACAGUGCUGGAUCUCUUCCAGAGUGUGGGGCGGGACAACCUGCCCCACCUGGGUCUUGUUUACAGUCCUCCUCAGUGCCCUGCCCCUGGGGACUGGAGGACACUGUCACUCCAAUCUCUGCAUCAGACGGGGACAGAUUUCACCCUGGCCCCGAUCGCUCCUCUGUCCUGGGAGGCCCCGGGUCGGGUCGGGGUUCUGUAGGUACAUCUGCCACCAGGGCCUCUUGGCUCCCUGCUGGCUCGGGGACCAGGGCUUGGCUGGGGGGUUUUGCUUUGAAGUAUGGAAGGUAUUGUUGCGUCUGUCUUUCUCCAGCAGUGAAGGUUAGUGUCCCGCUCCCCUCCCCCCCACUUUUGUGACUGUUGGCUGGCAUUGUCCCCAGGGAGCCCGGCCCUAGCUGGAGACACUGCUAGCUGACUUGGCCUUUACCUCGCACUCUGUCCCGGUGCCUCUGGGGACUUGCUCCCUUGUCUUUUCCACUCUCCCACUGGGUGGGGCUCAGGACUUACUGGCGGGGCCCAGCUGGAGGGCUGAGGCGUAGACUAAAGGUACUGGGGGGGGCAGGAGGUGGGAGGACAGGGGGAGAGAUGCCCUCUUUUCUAAAAGCACAAAGAUGAGGUCCAGCUGAUUGUCGGGCUAAGAGAGAUGUCGGUCAUGGACAAGGGUACGAGGGCCAGAAUAAAAACUGGUCAAGUGA